AUGGAUACUAAACGAAUUCUGGCGACGUGUUCCUUAUCUCGGCCAGAUGUUUUCCUCGACGAGCGCUCCGAUCGUCUAACGCGCGGGCGCCAGAGCGGCCGUAUGCUAAUCGGCGGGGCAAUAUGUGCCGAAAAGAGCGGUCAUCUCCGCAUUCCACGCGGGCCGCGAGAACACGACGCCGGCCGCGGAAAACCCGCCAAAGUCGAACACGAACCGAUAACACAAACGAACUUGAACUCUGUUGCCAUAAGCGGAGAGUUCGUUACACUCCCAGCACGCCCACCCGUCGAAUACAUCCUAAAGAAAUGGCGCAACGACCAAAUAUGGACC